GAGAGUAGGAAAGGCACUAGUCAUUUAAAAAAUCAUUUGUCGAAGACAUGUCCAGUACUUAAAGGACCAAAUGCCCCUAGGAAUGCUAGUAAGGCUACUUCUGAAUCUACUUCUAAGGCUGCAACUUUUAAAUUUCAUUAAGAGAGAAGUCGUAUGGAUUUUUGUAGGAUGGUAAUCAAGCAUAAUUAUCCUUUUAACAUGGCUGAGCAUGAAUUUUUUGAAAUAUUUUGCAAUAAUCUUCAGCCAAUGUUCAAACUUGUUUCUUGUAACACUGUUAGGCCGGAUGUCCUUGAUGUUUAUGAAAUAGAAAAUGCCAAGUUAUAUCAAUUUUUGGAUGAACUCUCUUCUAAGAUCACAUUGACACUGAUAUAUGGACUUCAGACCAUCAAAAUUUUACCUAUACAUGUUUGACUGCCCAUUAUGUGACUAAUGAUUGGGAGUUAAAGAAGAAAAUUCUUGCUUAUAGAUGCAUUGAUUACCCGCGUGAUGGAGACCAUUUGUUUAGCUUUAUCAAAGAUCUAAUUUUAGAGUGGAACAUAGAUAAGAAGUUGUUUUCAAUGGUAGUCGAUAAUGCAACGAGUAAUGAUGUCAUCGUGACACUCUUAAAGUGAUGGCUACAUGACCAAGGAUUAUUACAUUUGGGUGGACAAUUGUCUCAUGUGCGUUGUAGUGCGCACAUAUUGAAUUUAGUUGUUCAGGGUGAUUGGGAGUCUUAUUUCAAAAAUCUGAGGAAGUGUGAGAUAUUUAGGGAGGUCUCCUUAUGGAAAACAAAAAUUUGAUGUUGCAGUGAAUCAUGUUAAGUUACAUCAUAAAAAGAAAGUCCCCAUGGAUGUUCCUACCAGAUGGAACUCCACUUAUUCAAUGGUUGAAGCUGCAUUAGAUUUGAAAAGUGCAUUCCACGGCUUAGGGAAAAUUGACAAACAAUAUAAGCACAUUCCUCCUGAGGAUGAGUGGAAUGUAGCAAAUGUGAUUUGUGGGUGCUUGAAGAUUUUUUUUUUGAUGCUAUAUCUCACUUUAGUGGUACCACUUUUCAUACUUCAAAUGUGUUUUUUCCCGAUAUUUGUCUUAUUCAACUUGAAAUGAAAAAAUGGGAGCAAAGUGAGUAUGAUUGCAUUCGAUUGAUUGCUGGUCCAAUGAGAGUGAAAUUUCAAAAAUAUUGGGAAGAAUGUUCUUUGGUGUUAGCAAUUGCAGUGGUUCUCGAUCCAAGAUUUAAAAUGGACUUGGUGGAAUACUACUUUGGUCUUAUUUAUGGUGCUGAUGCUAAUAAGCAAAAUCAGAGGAUCCGUAAUGGUUUUAUUGAUCUUUUUUAUGAGUAUAGGAGUGAUUCUUCUGAUUCUAUGAGUUGUAUUGCACUUGUUUUUGAAAAUAGUAGCUCAAGUGGUAGUCAAUUGCUUGUCAAUUCUUCAAAACAAGAAAGUUUGGCUCCUUUUCAUGCGUGGUAUGCCCAAGAACAUGCUUCUAACAUUCAUGCCUAUCAAAAAUCAGAGGUGGAGCAAUACUUGGAGGAGUUGUUGUUUCCAAGUAAUGAGAGUUUCAAUAUUCUACAUUGGUGGAAAGUGAAUAAAGCAAAAUUUCCUACUUUGGCAAGGACGGUUCGUGAUGUUUUAAGUGUUCUAGCUACUACGGUUGCAUCAGAGCCGGCGUUUAGUGUAGGAGGUAGGGUGAUUGAUGAGACACUUUCUUCAUUACUUCCAGAUAUUGUGGAGGCCUUGAUCACUUACAAUGAUUGGAUUGAAUCAACCAAAAAUAUAAACGUAGAAGAAUGCUGACAUGAGUAGAUGGAUUGUUUCUGUGUUGGUUUUGAUGCCUUGGUGAAUUUUGUUUCUACUUUGUAUCACUUGGUUUUUCAUUUAUUCAUCUUAUUAUGACAUAAUUUGAUAAUCUGUUUGCAUAUUAAGGUAGUAGCUUUCUUGAUUUGCAGGUUUGAUAAUGAGCUUAACCAAGUGGUUGCUAUCAAAGUUAUUGACUUGGAAGAAUCAUGAGUAUAUAGCUUUAAUUAUGUCUCCUUUAUACAAUUUAUUUGCUCUCUCUUACUAGAACUACUUAUUUGUGCUUUAGCUUAGGUCAGUCCUUUAUACUUCUCUCUAGAAUAAACUUGUGUUUCAAGAGGUUUCUUUUUCCUGUAAAGCUACCAAUAAGUGUUUGAUUGCAACUAAAAAUUGUUUGUAAAAGACUUGCAUCACCAUUCUUAUGGUGUAAACUAUUACUGACAUUGGAAGUGUAUCAGAAUUUUGACAUUUUUUCCCUGUCAAUUUUUGACUCUCGUUGGCUUUGUAAUUUAGAAUUGAAGAUGUCUCACUAUUUUUGGCUUUGAAAGAGGUGACCCCUCUUGUGGUGAAAUGUGGGUACAUAACUUUUCUUCUUGGAGCUUGAUAUUUUUGGAUUAAUUAUUGUUAUCAAGAUUUACAUUGUUUAGUUUGUCUAAAAAUUAUAUUGAGUUUCUCUGAGGGUAGUUCUAUUGCUGGGGUCGAGUAAAAACUUUUUUGAUGCAUUGAGUGAUUGUGCUCUACCCUAGCAGUAGCCACUAUUGCUCUGGCAAUGGGGCUGCCCUUCUCUUAUUGUAUGUUGCCCUUAGUACUUAAAUAUCAUUCUGUCAUAUACACCCACUGUAGGAUCUCUGUAUACCUUUUUCACCAAUUAUUGCCUUACCCUAGUCAAACUUAUAUGUGUCUAUGGAAAGGGGACGGGCAUUAUGACCCAUUUUUUGAUAUUUUUGUCUUGCCAAAACUUAAUCCACCUUAAAUUUUAGUUCAUUAUAUUUGAAUUUUUUUUUUCAAAUGGAGGUUUUCAUAUCCUAUCACCUUGGGUAGCAGAGUUUCUGCCAUUAUCGCUUGGGAUAUGCCAUGAGAAUUACAUUACAUUACAUACUCUUUAAGAUAUAUGUCAAUUUCAAUUAUAUACAUUUAUUAGUGUUCCAGGUUAUUUUUCUUGACUGCUUUUCUGUCAUGGCUUGUGUUGUUUUCUCUAUGCAGGUUGGGGCUAGCUUUAUGGAUGCUUGCAUCUUUGGAAUGAUUAAGGGUUUAGUUUUUUUGUUUUAGCUUUAGGCCAGCUUAGGGAGGUUUUGUCCAUUUGUGUUCCUGUUAACGUUGUUUUCAUCUAUACUUACUUUUUUGUUUUAGGUUUUUUAGCUAUACUCAGAUAAGGGGUUGAUCUGUUUGCUUUUUGUAUUUAUCUCCCUUUAUUAUGUUCUAUCCUUUUUUUUUUCCAGAAAAAGCAUUGA